AUGUCUGCUGAUGCCAGUAACAAGGACGUCUCAAUUGCAGCAGGCAUAGCUGCGAUAGGAGUUGAGCUACUCACUCACCCACUCGACACGCUCAUUACUCGAUUACAAUCGCCCACAUACGCGUCGACAUAUCAGCAUGUAAAUGGCGGUGUCAAUCCAGCUCUCUACCGAGGGUUGUAUCAAGGCUUCGGCCCAACACUCAUAACCAGCAUCCCCGCAUCAGUCGCCUUUUUUACAAUCUACGAGACUAUGAAAUCAACGCUGCAACCUAACGAAGGCACUCAAUCGUCAAAAACCCGAGAGCUAGCCACGUACGCGAUUAGCAGCGCGGUAGCGGAUUUGGUUGCCUGCGCCAUCACCAAUCCCGCCGAGGUGCUGAAGCAGAAUGCUCAAGUCGUGCAUGCUCAAUCCGGGCAUAGUCGUUCACCACUGCUAUCGACUGUCAGACACUUUUCCAGGCAUCCCACUAAGCUCUGGUCCGGGUAUACGAUGCUAGCUGCUAGCCAUCUUCCCGGGACAAGCAUGACAUUCUUGUUGUAUGAGUAUCUCAAGACCUCGUGGUUUGAGGUAUCGCAAAGUUCCAGUGAUGUUCGCACUCAUGUCAAAGGAAGUUUCUACAGUGGUGCGCUGGCUAGCUCUGUGGUUUCUAUGCUCUUCGUACCGGUUGAUGUAGUGAAAACGCGCCUGAGGCUUGCCGUGGGUAUGCCCACCUAUUCUCGACUGCCUUUGAAGGCGGAUAUUCGCGCUACACCUCCAUCAGAGAGUGCACAACGGGUAUCGUCAGCUAAUGCUAUGGCUGUCGCGAGGGGUAUAUUAGUGAAGGAAGGGAUACGGGGCCUUUUCAGGGGCGGCGCCUUGACGUGCCUCGCGGCUGGGCUGGGAGGUGGUUUGUUUCUUGGGUGUUACGAUGGUCUUAAGGUAUACUUUGGAGCGCAUGUAUAA